UGUUCGAUCUUUGUGCGAUAAGAUCGAUGGAGUAUUUUCUAUUACGGUCCUCAGUUCCUCGUUGAUGUCUGAAAUGUAAACAAUCCUGUUAAAUUCUUUGGAAAUAAAAAAGUUAUAAAACAAUAUUUGCAAAGGAUUUAUAUCAAAGUUAUUAUGUUAUUCACAAGUUAUAAGCAUAUAGCUUAAUUUCGCUGUAACUUAUUUUAAUACAAUUUCCUCAUUAUUUCUAAGUUUACUUUUAGUAGUACUUUCCUAAGUUAAUUUUAUAUACGAGAACUAAUCCACAGAAUACGUAUAAAUAAUCUCAAAUUAUAUCCUGUAAAAGCAAACCUUAGAAGGUUUGUAUAUUAUAUAAUAAAUAAAUAAUAUGUUUUUACCAAUGCAUUAGUUAAAUAAUAAAUAACAGAAACCAUUGUGCCAUCGCCGCUGAUAAAAUAUUAAAAAAUAUAUGUACAUGUCGACAUUAAAACAACACAGUAUCUUUGAAAUUUUUAAUACAUUCGCCAUCCGUGCGUAUUCAGUGACAUGAAAUGUUUCACUCACCUGUUUCAUAUUUUCCAUCAAUAUUUCAGAAUUUAAUUUUAGAUACACCUAUCAAAUCUCAUAUACCCUACAUUCCUACUCGCAUCGGAUUACGCCACGAUAAAUGAAUAUUAUAAUCUAGUAAUGUGGGUAUUGGUGGGUAAGUAUCUAUUUGACAGAGAAAAAAAUAUAUUUCACCCUACCUUUUACUUUUAAUAUCAAAUGUACGUUAAAGAAAAUCGUUAGUCCGAGUCAUUCCGAGAAGUAGUGAGCAAGAUAUUUGACUUUAGUAUUGUCAUUUUGUGUAUGCAAUUAAAAAUGAGUGCCAACGAAAAUAGUAAUAACCAAUCAACGUCAUUUGAAUCAGACCAAGCUAAUACGAGCUCAUCUGGCUUCAUCGACGACUAUUCGCAUCUCCGGCUAUCGUAUUACCAGUACCGAGGUGAUAUCUCCGAAAUAUCCAGUGGAACAUCCAACACGUCUUCGGAAUUCGAAACGAUAGAAACGAACUUGAGUGAGACAACCGUCGUCGACGCGAAAGAAGUUGAACGACAGAAACUUCGAGAAUAUUACAUUUCUCAGAUCCCAGAUUUGCCGCAUCCGUCGUUCGUUGCCGCAUCUAUAAUCUCGUCAGCAGCCAGCAGGAUGGGGUCUGUCUUCAGAUAUAAUGACAGGAUCGAACAAGGUAGCCAAAUGCCUGAUUUAAAGAAUGAUAUGAAAUUUGAUCCCAAGCGCAGGUCGACACUGAAACCGAAUGAGUUUCCAAACUAAAUCGUUUACGUGAUAUUUUUGAAAAUGAUUCUGAUGUUGAACGUCUUAUGUGAAGGUUAUUGCAUUCCGUAAUUUUUGUGUGGGUGUUAUUGAUAAAAUGGUGAUAUGAUUUACUGAAAUAAAAUGCUAUGAAAUUAAUCUUGUAA